CGACAACACCAACCACGCGAAAUAUGCUGAGGACACCGUUUUCACAAACAAUGCAACUAUCUAUAAAAUAGAGAAUAACCCAACAAGAAAAGAGAAAAUUUCGUCUCUCCAAAUCAAAGAGAAAGGGAAAAGAUAGAGAAUGGCAUAAUCAAAACAACCUCUUGAGGGGCUGUUUUGAUUUAAACAAAACCCAUUUCCAUUUUAUUGGCAUUUGGGGGUUGGAUUUGAUUUUGGAUUUUGAAUCUGGGAAAUUUUUUGGGCACACAAAUCUGUUGUUUUUUUCUUUUGUUCUUGAAUUUCCUUGAUUUGAUUUGAUUGGAUUCGUUUUUCUUCAAUGGGUGAUAGCAAGAAGUAUAUUUCAUCUGAUGAACUGAAGAAACAUAACAAAUCUGAAGAUUUGUGGAUUUCGAUUCAGGGGAAGGUUUACAACGUGACAGAUUGGGCUAAGGAACACCCAGGUGGGGAUGUCCCACUCCUGAAUUUGGCUGGCCAAGAUGUGACUGAUGCAUUCGUUGCUUUUCAUCCAGGUACUGCCUGGCAAUAUCUUGAUAGAUUCUUUACUGGGUAUUAUCUGGGUGAUUUCAAGGUUUCUGAGGUUUCUAGGGAUUUUAGAAAGCUUCAUUCUGAGUUUUCGAAAGCAGGGAUGUUUGAAAAAAAAGGCCAUGGAGUUAUUUAUUCCCUGUGUUUUGUUGCGUUGUUACUUUUCACCUGUGUUUAUGGGGUAUUGUGUUGCGAUGGUUUCUGGAUCCAUAUGUUUUCUGGAGGAUUGCUGGGGCUUCUAUGGAUGCAAGUCGCUUAUUUGGGUCAUGAUUCGGGUCAUUAUCAGAUUAUGACGACCCGUGGAUUCAAUAAAUUUGCCCAAAUUCUCACCGGCAAUUGCUUGACUGGAAUAAGUAUUGCUUGGUGGAAAUGGACUCAUAAUGCUCACCAUAUUUCUUGCAAUAGCCUUGACUAUGAUCCCGAUCUUCAACACUUGCCAAUGUUGGCAGUCUCUUCAAAGUUGUUUCACUCGUUGACAUCCCAGUUUUAUGGUAGAAAACUGACAUUUGAUUCGGUGUCAAGAUUUUUUGUGAGUUACCAGCAUAUUACUUACUAUCCAGUAAUGUGUGUUGCAAGGGUCAAUCUUUAUCUGCAGACGAUCCUCUUGUUGUUCUCGAAGAGAAAAGUUCCCGACAGGGCAUUUAACAUAUUCGGGAUCUUUGUUUUUUGGAGUUGGUUUCCUCUUCUUGUUUCGUGCUUGCCAAAUUGGAAUGAGAGGGUAUUGUUUGUUCUGACAAGCUUUUGUGUAUGCUCAGUUCAACAUAUCCAAUUCACUCUGAACCAUUUCGCAGCAAAUGUUUAUGUAGGAGCGCCCAAGGGGAAUGAUUGGUUCGAGAAACAAACAAGUGGAACAAUCGACAUCGCGUGCUCAUCUUGGAUGGAUUGGUUUUUCGGUGGAUUACAAUUCCAGCUAGAACAUCAUUUGUUCCCGAGGCUGCCAAGGUGCCACUUGAGAAAUAUUUCUCCUGUGGUUCGGGAACUAUGCAAGAAACACAACUUGCCUUAUCGGAGUUUGUCCUUCUUUGAGGCCAAUGUUUGGACCCUAAGGACACUCAGGGCCGCUGCCUUGGAGGCUCGGGAUUUCUCCAAUCCUAUUCCAAAAAAUUUGCUCUGGGAAGCUGUCAACACUCAUGGAUGAGGAUUCCAUGGUAACGUCUGAAAGUUUUUUAUGAUUCGUUUGAUUCUGUUCAAAGCUUCUCAAGGUGUAAUAAUCCUACUAGUUGUUGAAUAUGGUAGACAGAUUGCACUGAUGAGAAGCUUUCUUUUGAUAAUUUUAAGAAUAAUUUUUCCUGUUGAUUCUGAAAUAGUACUAAUAUCAUUCUGUUUAUAUACUACUGUUUCUUUAGUUACACUACCAUAUAGAGAUUUUUGUAUAUGGAGCUUUGUACUUCGCGAAUACGCUGAUCUCAGGCCAAUUGUAUUUACUGCACCAGUAAAUAACUUGACCAAUUUAUAUGGAAUGAAUGCAUUUAUAUGUU